AUGGAUCAUGUGACUGAAAAUGCCAUCGGGAAUCUCAGUGAGACGACACCGAGCCCCACGCCUACCACAGCUCCUUCGACUACCACAGUUUCCCCGAGCCCCAGUCUUGCUCCUCGGUGUCAGGAGAACCGGGUGAUGCUGGAGAACAGCACAGGCUGCGCUUGUCCAUCUGGAAUGGUGAAGGAUGGGGACAACUGUGGCUGCCCCGCGGGCUUCACUCUGGAGCGGGGAGCAGGGUGCAAAGACGUCGAUGAGUGUGAAGUAGAGGGGCCAGGACCGUGUGGUCCCCGUGCCAGCUGCACUAAUAGCCCCGGCUCUCACUCAUGUAGCUGUCUCCGUGGUUACCUGAUGGGUGCUGGAGGGUGCCAGGAUAUAGACGAGUGUGCGCUGGCUGCAGUGACGGGCCUGCAGGCCUGUCGGGGUGACGCUGAAUGCAGAAACACCCCCGGGUCCUUCACCUGCUCGUGCCCUUCCGGAUAUGUAAUGGCUCUUAAUGGAAAAAGCUGUGCAGACGUGGACGAGUGCAGCUUCGAGGAGCUGUGUCGCCGCGAGCUGGGGAACGUGUGCGUGAACACUCCGGGCAGCUUCGUGUGCCAGUGUCAGCCGGGCUUCAGAGCAGAGGCUCCGGCCUGUGUUGAUGUGGAUGAAUGUGCGGAGAGUCCUGCGGUGUGUGACGGUCAAGGCGUGUGUGAGAACACGCUCGGGAGCUACAAGUGUGUUUGUCGACCAGGUUACCGGGGAAACGGCACACACUGCGAAGAUGAGAAUGAGUGUGCAUCCGGUGGUCACGGCUGUGACACCAACGCUCGUUGUGGCAACAUCAUUGGUUCCUAUUUCUGCCAAUGCUACCAGGGCUACAAUGGAGACGGACACGCUUGUUUCGACGUUGAUGAGUGCGCUCUAGACAACGGCCACUGUCAACACAACUGCUCCAACCGACCAGGCGGGUACAGCUGCCAGUGUGACGCGGGCUACCAGCUGGACAAGGACGGACUCAACUGCACUGAUGUGGAUGAGUGUCUGGCACUGAGUGGGACCUGCGAGCAUAUUUGCAUCAACACUCGGGGAUCUUUCCAGUGCUCCUGCAGGCCCGGCUACCAGCUGCACAUUGAUGGCCACACCUGUGUGGACAUUGAUGAAUGUAAACUCCAGAGUGGAGGCUGCUCUCACAUCUGCACCAACUCUCCGGGAGGACACACCUGCCACUGCCCUCCUCCUCUUCUGCUGGACACAGACAACCUCACCUGCAGCAAUGUUACAACCUGCAAGCUGAGGAACGGAGGUUGUGACCACAUGUGCUCAGUGAGGGCUGAGGGCCAGGUCCAGUGUAGCUGUCCGGCGGGCUGGAAACUGGGCGAGAACCAGAGGAGCUGCGUGGAUGUGAAUGAGUGCGGGGACUUCACAAACGGAGGUUGUGAGCAACUGUGUGUGAACCACCCGAGUGGGUUUGACUGCACCUGCAGGGUUGGGUACCAAGUGCGAACCGAUGACAUCACCAAGUGCCAGCCUGUGUGUAACCCUGACUGUCACAACUACGGCGUGUGUGUGGCCCCAAACAGCUGUGACUGUCCUCCAGGCUACCCUGGACUGGGCUGCUCAGCCAUGUGCUCCCCACCCUGCGCCCACGGAGGUACCUGUAUGCGCUGGAACAAGUGUGUGUGUCCUCCUGGCUGGACCGGAGCAGGCUGCCACACAGCGGUGUGUGAGCUGCCCUGCGCUAACGGUGGUCGUUGUGUGGGGCCUGAUACCUGCCAGUGUCCCUCUGACUACACCGGCCCCCAGUGCCUCUUACCCCUGUGCACUCCUGCCUGCCAAAACGAGGGAACAUGUGUGGAUGUCAACAAAUGCACCUGCGUCGGUAGAUGGCAAGGAGCUCGUUGCCAGAUAGAGCCGGUUCAGUGUCACAAACCUUGUAGGAAUGGUGGAGUGUGUGUGGGCCUCAACAGGUGCCGCUGCGCCAAAGGAUUUACUGGAAGUCUCUGUGAAACGGCGGUGACCACCCCCUGUGUGCCGCCCUGCCGCCACGGGGCCACAUGCAGUCCUCACAACAGCUGCACCUGUCCAGAGGGCACGGCCGGCCUGCGCUGUGAGAGACUGACGUGUCCCGUGGUCACCACGGUGGUCAGUAUGGCUCGAGCCGUACGAAAGGCAUUCAGGGAGAGUUACAUUGACCGCUGUGGACCUCUGGGAGUGCAGCUGUGCACUAAAUACAGGAUGAACCAGGCACGCGUGUACCUGCAGGCCUACAGGGUGGGCUACAAAAUCCAGUGUCCAGAGAAGAAGGGCAGAUGAGUCACGAUGUUCAAACGCUCCACGCCGUGAGGAAGCAGACAGGAAGUGCAACGAGACGAGCUGUGAACUGUAACGUGUAUUCAGUGAGAAGGCCUCUACUUUUUUGAUCUGACAUAAGUUGACAAUUAUCUUUCGAUCCUUUCUGUACGCGAUCUUGUUUACAUCAUAUGAGAAAUAUUCCUCGCUAUAUAAAAUGCGCAACGUUUUUUUUCUCAUUAUUUGUCAUGUUUGUAUAUGUCGAAUGAAAG